AUGACUACUGAUCAUAUUUGUUCAUGUGAACUUAUAUUAAAAGUUGGUUGUAAUGAAUAUGAUGAAAUUUCAACAGCUAUAACCAGUCUUCUACGUUCAUGUUCAAUAACUGAUCAAAAUUUUUUUUCUCUUGAACGUCAAAUUCAACCAACAACAUAUUUUGGUUCAUUUACAACACAUUCAUUAACAUCAAAAAUUCCAAUUCAAUGUCAAUCAUUAAGUUGUGUUAUUUUUUUAACUCAUGAUAUUCUUAAAAAAACUGAAAAAAAAGAUUUUUUUAAAUCUAUACAUAUAUGGAAUUUUCAUCAUAAAAUUGAAUUAUUAGAUGAAUAUAAACAAAUCAUAGCAAGACAAGAUUAUUAUGAAUUAUCUCAUUUAUUACCAUUAUGGUCAAUAUCACAUAUUCCAUAUAAUCGACAUAUAAUUAUACGUUUUAAUAUAUUUACGAAAAAUUUUGAUUUAAUGUUAAAAUUUUAUAAACAUUUAUUUCAACGUAAACCUGAUUCGAGUAAAACAGGUUUUGUACUUUUUAAUUUAUCUUCAUCAUCAUCAUCAUCAUCAUCAAUUAAUAAUAAAUUACUUUAUCAAUUUUCAAUUAAAUAUUCUCCAUCAAUUCAAUCGUAUACCAUAUCUCAAGGAGCUUAUUUGAAAUUUCGAUUGAAUAAUUUAAAUUAUUUUAUUCAUGAAUAUACAAGUAAAUUAUUUACAAUAAAUAAAUAUGAAUAUUAUAUUUAUGAUCCAGAUGGAAAUCUUCUUCAUUUAUAUUUACAGAAUAUAUCAUCAAAUGCAAAAGAAUGCAUAUCAUUAAAAUCAUUAAUGCAUACAAAUGAUAGUGGUUUUGGUGAUAGUAGUGAUCCAUCAAUGCAAUUAUUUAAUUCAAAUAUAUCACAAAUUUAUCCAAUAUAUAAUGAUAUUGAUAGUCAAAGUAAUUCAUCCAAUGAUUCUGCUCAAUGUAGUUCAUUAUCAUCAAAUGAAUUAAAUACAACCAUACCGACAGUUCAUCAUAAGCAUAUUCCUUCAAAGAACAAUAUAUCAGUUCGAUCAGCAAAAAAAAGUGAAAUUGAUUAUCGAUUAAAACAUCAACAAAGAACAGUACUACCUCAUAUUUCUCUAAAAUAUCCACAAUGGAAACCAUCGUUAUACGUUAGUGAACCACGUUUAUCAAAUAUAAUAAGUUAUAAUAAUCGAUAUUAUUCAUCCAUGAAUAAUAUUCAACAAUCAAAUAAAAUUCAUUCAUUUUCAACUAAUUAUUUCAAAUCACCAGUAUCAAAAGGUACAAGUAAUAAUGAUGAUGAUACUUCCUAUGGAGUCGAUUCUCCACGUAUACAAUCAGAAACAUUAACAAAUCCAUCUACAUAUGGUUAUCUUAAUGCAUUUCUGUUAAAAAAACAACAACAACAAUCUAUUGAUUUACAUCAAUUCAAAGAAAACAUUGCUCAACGUGAAAGGCAUAAUGUAAUAUCAAUAAAAUCACGACCAAAAUCAGCACCAUUAACCGAUCAAUUGUCAUUUACAUCAUCGCUGUCAACCAAAAUUCUUUUACAACAACCUAUUCAUAAUAUAUCCACACCAAUAUCAAAUAAAUCUUCACAACUAUGUUCGAAAUCUUUAACAUAUGAAUGGAAGAAUUCAAAUAAUGAUACGUCGAAUACAGAUGAUGAAAAAUUAAAUAAUACAAUGAAUCAAACACGAAGUCCACGCAUUAAUAUUGGUAUAACAUUAGAUUCUCGUUUGAGAAAAACUCCUGUACUUGAUAUGUUAAGAAGUACAACUAUGCAAUCGGAUAUCAUCGAACCACAACGAUUGAAGAGAACAAAUUCAUUUCGACAUGGAUUUAUACCAAUAGCACGAUUUUAA